AAGGCCCAGCAGGUGUCUGUUCCCUUUCCCCACGUCCCCGAGUCGAGCGAGUCGCGGCGCCGCCACCAACGCGCCACGUUGCUCAGAGCGCUCUCGCUCCCGCCUUGCUAUCCCUUAACCCUAGCCGCCGCCGCCGCCGCCGCCUAAACCCUCGCCGCGCGAACCGCAGCAACCUCCCGCCGGCGAUGGCGAAGGAGAAGAAGCGGAAGCAGCCUCCCGCCGACGCGGCGCCGCCCCCGGGCGACGAUGGCGAGGGGAGGAGCGGGCGGAAGGGCAAGAAGGCCAGGAAGGAGAAGGCGGAGGCGAUACUGCCGUCGCAGAUCAAGAACAAGGACAAGCGCCGCGAGGUGCAUGCCAAGCUCAAGCGAGAGAAGAAGGCCCAGAAGCGCGCGCUUGCCCGUGAACGCGGCCAGGCCGCCCGCCGCGCCGAAGAGCUCGGGGAGCAGCCGCCGGAGAGGCAGGUGCCGCGGACGAUCGAGAAUACCAGGGAGCCCGAUGAGACUGUGUGCCGGCCCGACGACCAGGAGCUGUUUGCAGGAAAUGAUGCGGAUGAAUUCAAUGCAGUUCUAAAGCAGCACAUAACCCCGAAAAUAUUGAUUACAACAUGCCGCUUCAAUUCAGGGAGGGGACCUGCAUUUAUUGACGAGUUAAUGCAAGUGAUACCGAAUUCCCAUUAUGUAAAAAGGGGAACGUACGAACUCAAGAAAAUUGUGGACUAUGCAAAAAAUAGGGAUUUCACCUCACUUAUUGUUGUCCACACAAAUCGAAGGGAACCUGAUGCUCUACUUAUCAUUGGGUUACCUGAUGGCCCUACUGCACAUUUCAAACUAUCCAAACUUGUUCUUCGGAAGGACAUAAAGAACCAUGGCAACCCUACAAGUCAUAAGCCAGAGCUAGUAUUGAACAAUUUCACUACACGCCUUGGUCAUCGUGUUGGAAGGAUGAUACAAUCUCUCUUCCCUCAAGACCCCAAUUUCCGUGGGCGCCGUGUUGUGACCUUCCAUAAUCAGCGAGACUACAUAUUUUUCCGUCAUCACAGGUACAUCUUCGAUACAAAAGAAAAGAAGGUUGCUUCAAAGGACAAGAAAGCUAAGACAUCUGAAAGCAAAAGCGAAUCUGAGAAGCAAGUGAUUUGUCGCCUUCAGGAAUGUGGGCCUCGCUUUGUUCUAAAGCUGCUCACCUUGCAACAUGGGACCUUCGACACGAAAAGCGGGGAGUACGAGUGGGUUCACAAGCCGGAUAUGGAUACGAGCAGGAGGAGAUUCUUCUUGUGAUGGAGAUCUUGGCUGGAGGAGACCUGGUGUCCAAGCCCAACCUGGUGAAAAUGCGCCGAUCGUUUUUUUAAAAAAAGAAAUUGCUGUAGAGAGGAUGCUUUGCACGUAGAAUUGACAGUCGAUGCACUUAGAGGAUGCUGUUGAAGAAAUUUUGUGGAUCCAUCCAAUGAGCAAGUAAUACAAACUUCUGUUUCGCGUCGAAAAUUUCUGUGGUGAAAAUGUUGGCAAAGGCACGUCUCGUUUGUUC